AUAUCGCCGGUCAAGCUUCCAGCUGAUCUGGAAGAAAAAUAAACCAUGGCUGACAAAAUAGAAAAUUGGACGUGUGAAGAACUUGGAAAACUUGGGAUAGAUGCAUCUAUAGAGAUAGCAAGAUAUAUUUUGAGUAUAGAAACAGCGGAAGAGCUGGAGGAAUAUAUGCUAGAAUUACUUGAUGGGUCUAACUUGCAAAAUAAGAAGUUUAUCAAGGAACUUUUAGUGAAAUGGAGGCCGUAUCAUAGUGCAAAAACAGACACAAAUGUACAGGUUUAUAAAAAGUCUGACCAGGAUGAUAAAUAUAUAACUGGGAAAGAGAAGAAGAAAAGUCAAAAUUUACCCAAAGAAAAGAAAAAUACACAGAAAAAUUAUGUAUUAAAUGGUUAUGAGGUUCAACAUAGAGGAAUUUUACCUGGUGAGGAACCACCUGAACAGCCUUUACCUGUACCCACAAAACCUGUGCAGAAAGACAAAGAUGUGAAGAAGAAAAAAUUUGUUCCAUUAUUUAGUAAAGAAGGACAAGCAUUAUCUGUGGUACAACUUGCUGGACGCCAUAUAUGUGAAUGCCAGGCAGCCAAACAUAAGCUGAUAAACAACUGUACAAGAUGUGGGCGUGUGGUUUGUGACCAGGAGGGGUCAGGACCAUGUCUGUUCUGCGGAAAUCUGGUAUGUACUCGGGAGGAGGAAGAAAUUUUAUCUCGAGGUUCAAAGAAGAGUGAAAAGUUACGUCAGUUUUUAAUGAAAGACAAUCCAUCAGGCUUGUUAGGUGGGGGGUCUAUGUUUAACGGAGACAGAGAUUACCUGCCCAGUGAUAGAGGUAAAAUGAAGGAGAGUUAUAUCAAAGCAGAACAACAUAAAGAGAAAUUAUUGGAAUAUGAUAGGACCAGUGUAAGGAGAACACAAGUGAUAGAUGACGAAGCCGAUUAUUUCUCGACAGAUUCUAAUCAGUGGUUAACUAAAGAUGAUAGAGAAAUGCUACGCAAGCGUGAGGAGGAAUUACGUUCACAACGGCACGGAUCCCGUAAAGAUAGAAAAAUCACAUUAGACUUUGCCGGCCGUCAAGUUAUAGAGGAGGAUACAUCUAAAAGUGUUAAUAUGUAUGACGUUAAUGAUGAUGUUGUACAAAGAGUGAACUUUGGUGCUAGACCUAAAGAGAAAACAAUAGUGAAUAAAAGUGUUACCGUAGAAACUGAUGAUUAUCUAGUCAACCCAACUAUACAAGUUGAAGCACCAAAGUUUGUUCCUCAAAAUCCAGUGAAACAUUCUGGAUCUACAUCAAAGACUAAAGAACCUGCUGGCCAUGUUAUGUCACGUAUACAAGAUCGUGAGUUACAGGAAAUGUCAGAUGAGGGCAUGUGUAUGAGUAUGCAUCAACCGUGGGCAUCAUUGUUAGUGGUUGGUAUAAAACUUCAUGAGGGAAGAACAUGGUAUACAUCACAUAGAGGCAGACUAUGGAUAGCUGCCACAGCAAAAUCACCUGAUCCUGCUGAGAUAGCCAAUGUGGAACAGAUGUAUAAAACUGUCUAUAAAGGUAAAGAUCUACAGUUUCCCAGUCAUUAUCCUGUAGGUUGUUUACUGGGAUGUGUAGAUGUUGUUGAUUGUCUUUCACAAGAUACAUAUCAGGAACAGUUUCCAGAGGGAGAAUCAGGUUCACCAUUUGUGUUCAUUUGUGAAAAUCCUUGUGAAUUGGUUGUUAAAUUUCCAGUUAAAGGGAAACACAAAAUUUACAAGCUGGAUUCACAUAUACAUAAAGCUGCAAAGAAAGGUCUCAGAUAGUGAACAAUAUGAUGGUAUUGGUGAUGAGUUAUCUCAAAUAAAAACAACAAGAGUUAGAUCAACAUUCAGCAACUCCUGUUGUCAAACAGUCCAGCAUUAUGUCAAUUAAAAAUUAAUUGAUAUGUCAUUUAUUAUUUAUAUGUCAAUUAUAUAAUAAUUGUAAUAAUUGACAUGUUACAGAGAUGCUUUUUAAGAUUUUGUCUUUCAUAUUAAAAAAUUCAAGCUUUAGUCUACAAGUUACUUUUAAUUGAAAAUAGCUAUCUUAUUUCAUUAUUUGGGUUUAUGCACAUUAAACAAUGUUAAACAGAAUAAUAAUACAUAAUGACUAUAUGGCUGAAACUUUGAUUUGAUCUUAAAUGCCAUGUCUAAAAAGUUGUUGGACAUCUGAAUAACUGCUGAUAUUGCUGACCGAUUUUUAACUUCUUUUACAAAUGGCUUUUAAAAUGAUGUAUUCUUUGUACUUAUGUAGGACACACAUAACUGUAUCCCUAAUCAGAAGUGUUCUUUUUAUUUAACUUUCUUUAAGUCUUUUUGUUAUUUUCAUUUUUUUUUCAUUUGAGGAACACAGUUUAUUUUUUUGUUUGUACAAGUAUAAUUAUUUGUUUAUUGUUAGAAUAUUUUCAAGUCUAGAUACAAGUCAAAUAUUUCAAACAAACAAUCACAAGACUCACUGAUUUGAAUUUAAUGAUUGAGGUAUUGGCUAAUUUAUGUUCUUUAUAAAUAAUGUUUAAGUCUUUGUGGUCUUUACAUGUUGUAGUGUAUAAAGCUAUCUAUCUUCUUCUUUUUCUUCUUCCUCUUAAAAAAUGACCAAUUUGGCCAGGGGUCAAGAGGGGUGGGGGGUAUUUUAAACUUAAGGUUAAAAAUACAAUUUUAACAGUAUUUCAACUGAUGAUAUAUAUUGCCAAUCUGUUAAUAAUGAAAACACGUGCUAAAGGCUGCAUGUUUUAUUUUCCUUAAGAACACUUGACAUAUGCAUAAAAUCAGUGCUAAAUGGUUAAAAUCCUGCUUAAAAUAUCAGCAUAUUAUUUUGUUCUGUGAUAUCGUAUUCUGUUUGUUUGUUAGAUAUCAGAGACAUUCUGUAUUAUAACUCUUUCGAGAGUCUAUCAAAUAUCAUGGAAACAU